AUGGCUAAGAUCUUGAGCUUAAUCAAUCCUAAAACUACCUCUGAUGGAGCUUCUACCAAUAUGGCAGCAACAACUGCUUUUGACACCCAAAAUAUUGAUGGCAUCGACUUACAAGUGAUCACAGUAGCUGUGAUAAUGGUAUCAUUUGUGUUACCAGCUCAAGGAGUGAUUGAAAGUCCUUGCUGUGAUGGAGUUUGUAUCCCAUCUGUUCCAAGUGAAUUUCAACCGGUUGUUGGAUCAAUCUUUACAUCUUUGGAGGAUGGAAUUGAAAUGUAUCGAAGGUAUGCCGACAUUGUCGGGUUUGAUAUUCGACUAUCAACCCAGAAGACAAGGAAGGGUGGUAUAGUCAAACUAAAAUAUGUUGUUUGUCAUAAGCAUGGAAAACCAAAAAAGAGGUCGGUUGACUCUGUUGAAGUGGAUGGACAUCGUAGACAAGUACGAAAUACAAACUUUAAAGUUACAAAUUGUAAAGCAUCUGUUAGGUUUAAAUACAUAGAGGUGUCUCAAUCAUCAUAUAGAUUAUACUAUUUUUGUCUCAACCAUAACCAUGAUUUGAUUGAUGAUGCUGAUAGAAUUUUAUCAAGUAAGAGUAGGCAACUCAGCUAUGAUGACAAAGUUAUGGUUCACCGGUCGGCGAUGUCAAAUAUUGGGCUUGUAAGAGCCCACAAGUUGCAGGUUUGUUUGAAAGGUGGAUAUGAUGAAGUUGGUUCUACUGUUGUUGAUUAUAAGAAUUUCAAGAGGGAUCUCAAUAACUACAUUGGUGAUGGAGAUAUGAGAUCUUCACUCAAAGAUUCAAAGGAUGAUAUCCAAAUGCAGAUAGAGCCUGAGAAGACGAGCACAAGCAGAGGAUCUUCUAGAAGAGAGAGAAAAAUGGCAUUGCAACAAGAUGUAGACAAGCUUCGGAAAAGGCUUACGCACGAAGAAAAUGUUCAUAAAGCGUUAGAACAGGCUUUAGCACGCCCGUUCGGGGCUCUACAUCGCCUUCCUCCUGAUCUCCCUCCGGUGACAUUGGAGCUCCUAGCUGAAGUGGCUGUUUUGGAAGAAGAAGUUAUUAGGCUAGAAGAUCAGGUGGUUCAAUAUAGGCAAAACCUAUAUGAAGAAGCUAUCUACAUUUCUUUCUAUAAGAGGAAUCUUGAAAACUCAGCUACUGAUCUUCAAGAAAAUUGUCCUUCACCCUUGAGACCAGGUGAUGCUUUUACAUCAGAAAUGGUCAAGGAGAGAGUUAAUGAAUUAUGCACAAAUCCAACAACGAACAAACAGCAAUCUCCAAAUCCGAAAACUCAAAGGAUUAAAACGCUGAAGAGAUCUCCGAUUGACUAUAUGUCAUCAGAAAAAUGUCUAGAUCAAGGAGACGAUAGCCCGAAUAAGAUUUCAGAAAGAAUUCUGAAAUGCUUAAUGUUUAUUUUUGCACAAAUGAGCUCGACUUCAGCCCUGAGGAUGACCGAAAUGCUACCUUCAUUAGCAUCGUGUGAGAAUCCAUCGACAACAGAUUUUAAGGAUCCUUAUGAUGUCUUCUACAAAUUCGAGAACACGGACAUUGGUCCAUAUAAGUAUUUAUAUGAAGUUGAAGCCACCGCGAUCAAUAAAAACCGAACAACAAUUUCUGUUUUCUUAUCACAAAGGCUGAAGAUCCUACUCGGGAAACUUGGAUCGGUCAACUUAACAAGCCUUACACAUCAAGAGAAGCUUGCUUUCUGGAUCAAUAUAUACAAUUCAUGCAUGAUGAAUGCAUUUCUUGAACAUGGAAUACCAGAGACUCCUGAGAGGGUUAUUCAACUAACGCAGGAGGCGAUAAUAAAUGUCGGAGGCCAUCUUUUAAAUGCGUUUAACAUCGAACAUUACAUAUUGCGACUCCCCUAUCACUCAAAAUGCGUAAGUGAAAAGGGUGUCAAGAACGAUGAAAUAACUACACGAAGCAUAUUUGGGUUGGAGUUGUCAGAACCGCUAGUAACAUUUGCAUUAUCCUGUGGAAGCUGGUCGUCACCUGCUGUAAGGGUGUACACUGGUUCUGAAGUUGUAAAUGAACUUGAAGUUGCAAAAAGAGAUUACUUACUGGCUGCAGUUGGGAUUUCAAGCACGAAGAAAUCGCUAACGAUACCAAAGCGGUUGGAUUGGUAUAUGCUUGAUUUUGCUAAAGACAUGGAGUCGUUUCUCGACUGGAUAUGCCUUCAAUUUCCAAGUGAAGUCGGAAAAGUAGCAAUGGAGUGUCUUCAUAGAGAAAAGACCAAACCACUUUCGGAUUGUGUUCGAGUUGGCGCUUAUGAGUUCCAUUUCAGGUACCUUCUGUACAAAUAAAACUGCUGAUAUCAUUUCUAUCAUCGACUUUCAU